AUUGUUGUGAUAGUGUCAUAAUCUGCAGUUCAAUUAAAAAAUAGUAAAUCCCCAAACACUCUGUUCAGGAGGUGUUCGUGCAUGUGUAGAUUGUUUUAAUUAUUUUUUUUUUUAAUAUGGGGAAAAAAUUAAUGAUUCUGUCACGACAACAAUAUUAUCUUGAUUAGUUUUUAAAAAAUCUUUAGUCUUUCUUGAAAGUAAAAUGACAGGUUAAAUAUUUACUUUGGCAGAGCAUCAGCUGGUUUGGUGUAGGAAGAAAUAGUUUUCUACACAAUAUUUCAUCUAUAAGUUUGUUUCUGUUAGUGGGGAAAACUUGCUGGAGUUGGGUUAGGAGAGGGUUAGAAAUGAGUAUUAGUGGGCCAUUGCCCAAACAUGUUUCUAGUGAUAUGAUAGAAGUAUUGACCUAACACAGAAGUUUGUUUCGUUCUUUUGGAGAUGAGCACCUUUUAGAAAAUGUGCUCUGAAUUUAGUUGAGAUACGCAGACAAUCUUCCUUUCCAUUUAUAAAAGCUUUUAUAUUAAUGUGGUAAACAAUUCUUGUAGUAGAUACAAAAACUUAUGUUUUACAUCUUCCAAUACUACUAUACUGAGGAAGAGUACUAGAGAGCUGGUACUCUUUUGGCCAGUUAGUACACUGAAUGUUCUACAGAUGAGGAGAGUUUACGUGCUUGGAAGUAAAACAGCAGUUAAAACAUUAAGAAGUUUUUUUAAUAAUUUUUAGCUUUGGAAGAACUCUUUCUAUCCGUGUGAAGAAAUUAAAUGAUGGACAUGGAAGAUGUACUUUUAAUUUUUAAAAUAAACUAAUGGAAAAAUGCAGAAAAAGACCAGUACAGUUUUUAGGAAGUAUGCAUGUAAACUUGCAUUUUUCUUCAUCUUUGCAAAAUGGGGUUUAGUUUUAUGUUUGGCUUUUCAUUUUGCAUCUAAUUUCUCUGUAUAUGCAGCUUAAAUAUACUACAUGCAGAAUGAAUACUUCUAGUCUUAUAAGGUUGGUUUGCUAUAUGGAGCCUUAUUGUCACAAAGAUUCCUAAGAAUGACUAAAAAUGUUUUUGCUUUUUAGUAGAUUUUAUUUGAUACUAGUUUUCAUUAUUCGACAAGGUACAAGUGGGUAGGUUUGUAACUUAAAAAUGCAUGCUAAGUUGGAGCACAUGUUCAAAAUCUAACAUACUAAACUAUUUAAUAAAGGAGGUAUCUUUUAGUUUGAGCAUUCGGCCCUGCAUUGAGGACAAACUAGGGAAUUCAGCUUCACAGGAACAGGUUACAGACAUUGAUGUUACAGCAAGCCCUAAAGGGAAAAGUGACAGAGCUGCCCUGAAUGACAGGGAAAUGUGGCCUUGUAGGAUUAAUAGCCAAGAACAUGGAUUGUCUUCAAAAGCCAGGGAUCCUCAACAGGAGGCUAAAGAGGAGUUGGAGAACUUGAAGAAGCAGCAUGAUUUAUUGAAAAGGAUGCUGCAACAGCAGGAGCAAUUGAAGGCUCUUCAAGGAAGACAGGCAGCUCUUCUUGCUUUGCAGCAUAAAGCAGAGCAAGCAAUUGCUGUCAUGGAUGAUUCUGUUGUAACAGAGACUACAGGUAGUGUUUCAGGAGUAAGCCUUACAUCAGAGUUGAAUGAAGAAUUGAAUGACUUAAUUCAGCGCUUUCACAACCAACUUCAUGAUUCUCAGACACAAUCUGUGCCAGACAAUAGAAGGCAAGCAGAAAGUCUUUCACUUACCAGAGAGAUUUCACAAAGCAGAAACUCUUCAAUGUCCGAACACCUGUCAGAUGAGAAGGUGCAGCUUUUUAACAAGAUGAGAGUGUUGCAGGGUAAAAAGCAAAAAAUGGACAAACUGUUAGGAGAACUUCAUACGCUUCGUGACCAGCAUCUAAAUAACUCCUCUUUUUUUCCUGGUUCAGGUUCUCCUCAAAGGAGUAUUGAUCAAAGAAGUACAACUUCAGCUGCUUCUGGUCCUGCAGGCAUAGUGACUGUUGUCAAUGGUGAAUCAAAUAGCCUGGCAUCUGCUCCCUAUCCUCCUGAUUCCCUGGUUUCUCAGAAUGAGAGUGAAGAGGAUGACAAUCUAAAUCCAACAGAAAAGCUUCAGAAGCUAAAUGAAGUUCGUAAGAGGCUGAAUGAGUUACGUGAGUUAGUUCACUACUAUGAGCAAACAUCUGAUAUGAUGACAGAUGCUGUGAAUGAAAACACUAAGGAAGAGGAAGAAACAGAAGAAUCAGAAAGUGAUUCUGAACAAGAGGAUCCACAGCCUGUUACAAAUAUUAGAAACCCUCAAGGAAUCAGUAGUUGGAGUGAAUUAAAUAGCAACUCGAACGUACAGUGUGGUACUAAUAACAGAGAUGGAAGACAUCUUAAUACAGACUGUGAAAUAAAUAACCGAUCUGCUGCUAAUAUAAGGACUCUCAAAAUGUCUUCUGCUCUAGACUGUCAUAAUAGGGAGGGUGAAAAAGACAUCGACCUACCCCAAGGUGAAGAUGAUGAAGUGGAAGAAGAUAGAGUUAGUGAAGAUUCCAUAUCUAGUCACAGAAGCAGCCUGGGUGAUGCUGCUGGCGAUGCUGAGUUUGAGCAGAAGAUCAAUAGGCUUAUAGCUGCAAAACAGAAACUUAGACAAUUACAAAACCUUGCUGCUAUGGUGCAGGAUGAUGAUCCAGAACCUCAAGCAACAAUUGCAAAUGCACCUAAUAUUGGUGACUUGUUUUUGGGUGAGGUGGAAGAGACAAAACAACAACCAAACAAUGUCCGAGCUAAUACCAACAAAUUACAAAAAGAUGUAGAACUAAAUGAAAAAGCAAGAGAGAAGUUUUAUGAAGCUAAACUUCAGGAGCAGCAACAGGAGCUUAAGCAGUUACAAGAAGAAAGAAGAAAACUGAUUGAAAUUCAAGAAAAAAUACAAGUGUUACAGAAAGCUUGCCCUGACCUUCAAUUGUCAGCUGGCCUGGGUAACUGCCCAGCAAAUAGGCAGACUUCACCAGCAACCUCAACUCCAGCCAUGAAUGAGUGUAACACAGCUGGCAAGCCUUUACUUGAAUUUGAUGAAUCUGUACCAGUAGGCAAUGAGUUAUGGUCUGAGAUGAGAAGACAUGAGAUUUUAAGAGAAGAAUUGCGACAGAGGAGAAAGCAACUUGAAGCUCUAAUGGCUGAACAUCAGAGGAGGAGAGAGCUCGCAGAAACAAUAUCUACUGUUGCUGCAUCUGUUAAAAGUGAAGGAUCAGAAGCUCAGCGUACUCCACAGCAGAGUAGGACUGAAAAGACAAUGGCUACCUGGGGAGGUUCUACCCAGUGUGCACUAGAGGAGGAGAAUGGAGAUGAAGACGGUUAUCUCUCUGAUGCAGUUGGUCAGGCAGAAGAAGAGGAAGAAGAUGCGUCAAGUUUGAAUGACAGUUUCUCUAUGUAUCCCAAUAACAACAUACCAGAUAAUGCAUAUUUUGUUAAAGAAAACAAGGAUAGGUGGAAAAAUUGCCGUCCUCUUUCAGCAGAUGGGAAUUACCGGCCAUUGUCUAAGGCCAGGCAACAGCAAAACAUAAGUAUGCGACGUCAGGAAAACCUUCGGUGGAUGUCUGAACUUUCAUAUGUGGAAGAAAAGGAACAAUGGCAAGAGCAGAUCAAUCAGUUGAAGAAACAGCAUGAAUUUAGUGUCAGCAUUUGUCAAACUUUGAUGCAGGAUCAGCAGACCCUCUCUUGUCUACUACAAACUUUGCUUACAGGCCCUUACAGUAUGAUGCCCAAUAAUGUUGCAUCCUCACAAGUACAUCUUAUUAUGCAUCAAUUAAACCAGUGUUACACUCAACUGACUUGGCAGCAGAAUAACGUCCAAAGGUUGAAACAAAUGUUAAAUGAUCUUAUGCGCCAGCAAGAACAACAACAGUGUCAAGAGAAGCCAUCAAGAAAGGAGAGAGGCAGUAGUGCACCACCACCUCCAUCUCCUGUUUUCUGUCCAUUCAGCUUUCCUCCACAACCUGUGAACCUGUUUAACAUACCAGGAUUUACUAAUUUUUCUUCCUUUGCUCCAGGUAUUAACUAUAAUCCAGUGUUCCCUUCUGGUUUUGGAGAUUUUGCACACAGUAUGUCCCCACACAGCAGUGAGCCGCAGCAGCAAGAACAUCCUCUAGAUCAUAAUGCUUCUGGGAAAACUGAGUAUAUGGCAUUCCCCAAACCUUUUGAAAGCAGUUCCUCUAAUGGAGCAGAAAAACAAAGAAGGAGUCAUAGACAACCUGAAGAAGAAAUGGAAAAAAGAGCAACUUGGCUUAAUGAUAGCCAGGAACUGAAAAAAGAUGAUCAGUCUCAGCUGAAAUCAGGUUUUGCAGUUUCAGUACAAAACAUUGCUUCUGGUCAUAAAAAUCAGUCUGAUAUGAGCAGGAGAAGAGAGUUUGAUGAAGAGUCUUUGGAGAGUUUUAGUAGCAUGCCUGAUCCUGUAGACCCAACUACUGUGACAAAGACAUUUAAAUCUAGAAAAGCAUCAGCGCAAGCAAGCUUGGCAUCAAAAGAUAAAACACCCAAAUCGAAGAAUAAGAGGAAGAGUUCUUCUCAGCUAAAAGGCAGAAUUAAAAAUACUGGUUAUGAAAGUGCAAGUGCUUCUAGUGUGUGUGAACCCUGCAAGAGCAAUAAAAGCAGACACUCUGAAGAGGUUGUUCAUGCAAAGGUGUUCAGCAAAAGGAAUCGGGAACAAUUGGAAAAAAUAAUUAAAUACAGUAGAUCUACAGAAAUGUCUUCAGCGCAUGCUAGGAGAAUUCUGCAGCAGUCUAACAGAAAUGCAUGCAUUGAAGUGCCAGAAACUGGUAGUGAUCUUUCUAUGUUUGAAGCUUUGCGAGACACAAUUUAUUCUGAAGUGGCAACUCUUAUUUCUCAAAAUGAGUCUCGUCCCCACUUUCUUAUUGAACUUUUCCAUGAGCUUCAGCUGCUAAAUACAGAUUACCUGAGGCAAAGGGCUCUAUAUGCUUUACAGGAUAUAGUGACCAGACAUCUGUCUGAGAACAAUGAAAAGGGGAAGUGCACAAAAUCACUCAAUUCUGCAACAUGGAUGGCAUCAAAUUCUGAACUCACUCCCAGUGAAAGCCUUGCUUCUACAGAUGAUGAAACUUUUGGCAAGAACUUUUCUACAGAAGCAUGUCAAGAUUGUGAACAAAAUGAUGCAGACAAUGGGAGUACUAUGUCUACAUCUUCAAAUUUUGAACCCUUUGCCACUGAUGACCUUGGCAACACAGUGAUUCACUUAGAUCAAGCUUUGGCUAGGAUGAGGGAAUAUGAGCGUAUGAAAAUUGAAGCUGAAAGUACCCUUGACUCUGAGGGCUGCUCUAGUAAUUUUCAGGUUGCUUCUGCUGCUAAAUUAGAAGGUCCAGGUACCAGUGAAUGUCUUCCUGUGCCACAGUCAAGUGAAGUUUCUGCUGUUCCAUGUCCUCGUAUAGAUACUCAGCAGCUUGACCGGCAGAUUAAAGCAAUUAUGAAAGAGGUCAUUCCUUUUCUGAAGGAACACAUGGAUGAAGUAUGUUCUUCUCAAUUAUUGACAUCAGUAAGACGUAUGGUCUUGACUCUAACACAACAGAACGAUGAAAGUAAAGAAUUUGUGAAGUUCUUUCAUAAGCAGCUUGGCAGUAUACUUCAGGAUUCACUGGCGAAAUUUGCUGGUAGGAAAUUAAAAGACUGUGGGGAGGAUCUUCUUGUGGAGAUCUCUGAAGUAUUAUUUAAUGAAUUAGCCUUUUUUAAACUCAUGCAAGACUUGGACAACAACAGUAUUUCUGUAAAGCAGAGAUGUAAAAGAAAAAUAGAAACUACUGAAGUGAUACAGUCUUAUGCUAAAGAGGCAAAAAAAGGUCUCCAGGUGGAUGUUUGUUCAUCUGCUGAAGAUGUCGAUGAGGACAAAGACAAGGAUGAGACUGAAACUGUUAAACAAGUACAGGACUCAAAAAUGUAUGAUGGUAAUGGAGUUCCUGAAAGUAUUAGGUCUGAUGUGUCUGAUCAAGAGGAAGAUGAGGAAAGUGAAAGCGGUCCACUGGCAAUAAGUUUGUCAAAAGCAGAAACCCAAGCUCUGACUAACUAUGGCAGUGGAGAAGAUGAGAAUGAAGAUGAAGAUAUAGAAUUUGAGGAAGGACCUGUUGAUGUGCAGACAUCACUACAAGCCAGCAGUGAAACAACAACUGAAAAUGAACAGAAUUCAAACCAAGAAUUGAGUAAGACAAAAAGCAGUGAGAUUUUGUCAUCAGAACAAGAAUCUGUUAAAGGUGAACAAGAAGCUACAAUGUUGCCUCAUUACCUCAAUGCCAUGGAGAAUACACCACCUUUAACAGUCAAUACCCCAGAAUCCUUUAUAACAGCCAGUAUGAAAACAGAAGAAUCAAGCUCAUCGCUACCAGUAAAUGAAACUCAAACACUAGAUAUGUGUGUAGGAAACAAAUCUGCUGCAAGUUCUGAAAGCUCCAUGGCUGGCAGCCCCGAUACGGAGUCACCUGUGUUGGUGAAUGAAUAUGAAGCUGGUUCUGGAAAUGUCAGUCAAAAAUCUGAUGAAGAUGACUUUGUGAAAGUUGAAGACUUGCCCCUUAAACUUGCAGUAUAUUCAGAGGCAGAUUUAAUGAAGAAAAUGGCAACAGAGGCUCAAACCAACAGUUUGUCUGAUGAAUUACUGGAUGGAGGUGGAGCUCAAGAUCAAGAAUUAGUAGGAGAUGCCCAAACUUUGAAAGAACCUGAAACUUUUGGAGGUCAAAGUGCAUGAGAAUAACCUGAAGAGAUAUCUGCAUUUAUAAACUCCAUGUAUACAAAUGCAUAUGGAAGAUCAGCACUAAUUUCCCAGAAUUCUGGAAGUGUAUAAAAAUGUAAAAUUUUGACACACUGCCUCUUAGGAUAGGUAUGCUCACUUCUGCCUGUGGCAGUUGGAACAGCUGGAACUGAAUCUUCUUCUGUUCAGUUUUGCUGCACUGUUCUUCUUCUGUCUUAAUCUUUUUUUUUAUUUUUUAUUGUGACUUGUUUAAUAAUUUUAAAAUUGUUCAAAAUGGUAGUUUUAAAUAAAGUUUGGACUUGUCUGUAAA